GUGAUUGGUCCUAAACCCGUAUCCGGUGGGGCAGCGGUCCAAGGAUUUGGAAAGUCGAAGGGAGAAAUUUGGUACGCUUGUGGAAAUAACAUCCAAAACCGAGUCAGUGACGAAGGGCUCGGUAAGAAUUCGCGGGUUCUUUUCAAAGGUCAGAUUUGUUUACCAGGUCGUAGCGGAGCAGGAGCACAUCGUGAUGGCGUCGAGCAGUACGAGCAGUGAGGAGGAGAGGAGUCUGAGGGAGUGUGAGCUCUACGUGCAGAAACACAACAUCCAGCAGUUGCUGAAGGACUGCAUCGUCCAGCUGUGUACCUCCAGGCCUGACAGACCCAUGGCAUUCCUCAGAGAGUACUUUGAGAGGCUGGAGAAGGAGGAGGCCAAGCAGAUCCUAAACCAGCAGAAGGCCAGCAGCCGUUCUGACUCCAGGGAUGAGGAGGUGUCUCCUCCCAUGAACCCCGUUGUCAAGGGUCGCCGGCGGAGAGGAGCCAUCAGCGCUGAGGUCUACACAGAGGAGGACGCUGCAUCCUAUGUCAGAAAGGUCAUUCCUAAAGACUACAAAACAAUGGCUGCCCUGGCUAAAGCUAUCGAAAAGAAUGUGCUUUUCUCUCACUUGGAUGACAACGAGAGGAGUGACAUAUUUGAUGCCAUGUUUUCAGUUACCUACAUCGCUGGAGAGACUAUCAUUAUGCAAGGUGAUGAGGGGGAUAAUUUCUACGUCAUCGACCAAGGAGAGACGGAUGUGUAUGUCAACAAUGAGUGGGUGACCAAUAUCGGGGAGGGGGGCAGCUUUGGAGAGUUGGCCCUGAUCUACGGGACCCCCAGGGCUGCCACCGUCCGAGCCAAAACCAACGUCAAACUGUGGGGCAUCGACAGAGACAGCUACAGGAGGAUACUCAUGGGCAGCACUUUGAGGAAGAGGAAGAUGUACGAGGAGUUCCUCAGCAAAGUCUCCAUCUUAGAGUCUCUGGACAAAUGGGAGCGUCUGACGGUGGCUGACUCUCUGGAGCCGGUGCAGUUUGAUGACGGACAGAAGAUCGUGGUGCAGGGAGAGCCUGGCGACGAGUUCUUCAUCAUACUGGAGGGUUCUGCAGCUGUGUUGCAGCGUCGCUCUGAGAACGAGGAGUUUGUGGAAGUUGGGAGGUUACAACCGUCUGACUACUUUGGUGAGAUUGCCCUGCUGAUGAACCGUCCCCGUGCUGCCACUGUGGUCGCCCGCGGUCCUCUGAAGUGUGUGAAGCUGGACCGACCGCGGUUUGAGCGUGUCCUGGGACCCUGCUCGGACAUUCUCAAACGCAACAUCCAACAGUACAACAGCUUCGUGUCACUGUCUGUCUGAGGGGUUUCCCCACCUCCUGUACCCCUAAUCCCCUUUGUAACCCCAGAACACCCCCUGUACCCCCUAAUCCCCUUUGUAAACCCAUAACACACUUUACCCCACCCCCUAAUCCCCGAUGUAACCCCAUUACACACCCACUCCCUGUACCCUCUAAUCCCCACCCCCUAAUCCCCAAUGUAACCCCAUAACACACCCCACUCCCUGUACCCUCUAAUCCCCAUCCCCUUUGUAACACCAUAACACACCCCACCCCGUAAUCCCCUAUGUAACACCAUAACACAUCCCCUACCCUGUACCCACCCCUUAAUCCCGGAUGUAACCACAUAACACAUCCCCUACCCCUGUACCCACCCCCUAAUCCCGGAUGUAACCCCAUAACACAUCCCCUACCCCUGUACCACCCCCUAAUCCCGGAUGUAACCCCAUAACACAUUCCCUACCCCUGUACCCACCCCCUAAUCCCGGAUGUAACCCCAUAACACAUCCCCUACCUCUGUACCA